AUGUCGAUUGGUCCAAUAAAACAAGACCAGAAUGUCCUGCACACAUCCAGUGCCAUUAUUGAUGCUGGAGAUCGUCCGAGCAUCUCCAAUGAACCCAAAAAUACCCGGAAGGACUUGGUCACAACACGAUACCUAGAAGAAUUGAACUUUCGAGAAGCCAGUCCUGACAAAGUUUUCUUCGAUGGCGCAGGUUUGCGCGAAUUGGAUCCAGAUCUGGUCACUCUAAAUCCAGACUCCACGGAAAACCCUCGUAAUUGGUCCCGAAAUGCCAAGUGGGUGACUACAGCCCUAACGGGGGGGUAUUGUUUUCUACCUACUUUCUCCAGUACCAUAUUCGCUCCGGCACUGCUCCUCGUGAUGGCCGACCUUGGCAUAAAAAAUCCCACUCUAGGUGCCGUCCAAAUCUCCAUUUUUGUUUUUGCAUUUUCCCUUGGUCCUCUUUUUGCUGCCCCUCUGAGUGAGAUUUACGGAAGAACCAUCGUCGUUAGUCUAGGCAAUGUAGCGUUUAUUGCCUUCUCUUUGGGAGCCGGUUUCGCCCAAAAUGCAGUUCAACUUUCUGUGUGCCGUUUCUUUGCUGGAGUUGGAGGCUCUGGUGGGCUGGCGGUUUUUGGCGGCGUUCUUGCAGAUAUUUGGGACCUAGAAGAACGAACUAAGGCUUCUGCCUUGAUGUCCACCUUACUAAUUUUAGGGCCUGUUGUUGGCCCAGCCUGUGGUGGUUGGAUCUCCGAGCGAGCUUCGUGGAGAUGGACCUGUUGGGUUCCGGCCACGGCUGCUGCAUUCUUACAGAUUGCAGCCCUUUUGUACAUGAGAGAGUCAUAUGCUCCAGUACUUCUUGAGCGGAAACUUCUCAAAAAUAGACGAUUAUGCCCACAGAGGGAGUUGUAUACCGUAAUGGAUUUACGCCUGGAGAGUGUGCCGAGAAAAGGGACACUUAUCUCAUCUGCUAUUCGCCCGGUCAUGUACUUACUUGUUGAUCCUGUUCUACUUUUACUCUCAUUGUACUUCUCGUCGGUGUUUGGGGAAGUAUAUCUUCUUAUUGUAACAUUUCCAGAAAUCUUCGGGGAAGGCUAUGGCCACUCUGCUGGAUUUGUCGGCGUUGAUCUCCUUGCCCAGGGGGUUGGAAAUAUGAUAGGUCUGGUUGCGACUGUUAAAGCACAUCGGAUUAUUUACAAACGCCAGACUCGCCCCGAUCAUAUAUACAACCCAGAGUCCAGAUUGGUGCCUGCUUUUCCCGGGGCUCUUUUGCUAGUAGCCGGUUUAUUCCUCUAUGGGUUUUCUGCACUAAAAUAUCACUUCAUCGUGCCACUAGUUGGCUUCGUAGUCUUCGCUGCUGGAGCAAUGAAUAUAUUUAUGGCAAUCCAGCUUUACAUUGUGGACUGUUUCGCUUACCCUGCUUCAGCUGUGGCCACAUGCAAGUUAUACAUUUCCAGAUUAAAAAUGCUUUAUAUGCUAAGCUCGCGCAUAUUUCCACUUUUCGGCUCGCGCCUCUUUGAAACCCUGGGGGUUGACUGGGGUGCAGGAUUACUAGCAUUCUUAUCGCUGGGUCUUGGUGUUCCGUUCCUCCCACUUAUAUAUCUGUAUGGUAAGAAGCUCCGUGAGAUAGGGAAGCGAAACAUGCAAAAGAUUGUCUCGCGCUAG